GGGGGUGACACUUUAGCGAGGACCACUGAGCAGCCAGCACCUCCAAUCUCGUGCAUGCUACUCCUCACUCAGCCAGUCGGAGAUGCUCCAUCGGCGCACAUCACGGCCGCCUCCGCCGACCAGGUGCUGGAGCACGGUGCGUCGUUAACUCGCAUGCAUGCGCCACGCGUCGUCCUCCCCGGUCCGGUUUUCAGACCGCUGGGAAGAUGCUGAGCAGACUGAUGAGUAGCAGCAUCCGGAGUCUGGACCGGGAGUGCAACUGCACCGUGCGGCUGCUGGACGACUCCGAGUACACCUGCACCAUUCAGCGGGAUGCAAAGGGGCAGUACCUGUUUGACCUCAUCUGCCACCACCUCAACCUGCUGGAGAAAGACUACUUCGGCAUCAGAUAUGUGGACCCCGACAAGCAGAGGCACUGGUUGGAGUUUUCAAAGUCCAUUGCCAAACAAAUGAAAUCUCAGCCUCCUUUCACUAUGUGCUUGCGUGUCAAGUUCUACCCGCCUGACCCCGCCGCCCUUCGGGAGGAAAUCACCAGAUAUCUGGUCUUCCUGCAGGUGAAGAGGGACCUCUACCAUGGCCGCCUGCUGUGCAAGACCUCGGAUGCCGCUCUUUUGGCUGCCUAUAUCUUACAAGCUGAAAUCGGUGACUAUGACCCUGGAAAACAUCCGGAAGGUUACAGCUCCAAGUUUCAAUUCUUCCCCAAACACUCUGAGAAGUUAGAAAGGCGGAUUGCCGACAUCCACAAGACAGAGCUGAUAGGUCAAAGUCCUGAAACGUCAGAGCUCAACUUCCUCCAAAAGGCUCAGAUGUUGGAGACCUAUGGCGUGGACCCGCAUCCAUGCAAGGAUGUAUCUGGGAAUCCAGCAUUCCUGGCCUUCACUCCCUUUGGAUUCACUGUUCUGCAAGGGAACAGGAGGAUUCAUAUCCUUACCUGGGAUGAGGUGACCAAGCUGAAGUUUGAAGCCAAGACAUUCCAUAUUUAUGCAAAUCAAACCGAGGAUCAGAAGAUCAUACUGACUUACUUUGCGCCCACACCUGAAGCUUGUAAGCACCUAUGGAAGUGUGGCGUGGAGAACCAAGCCUUCUACAAGUUAGAGAAGUCCAGUCAAGUGCGCACAGUGUCCAGUAGCAAUCUCUUCUUCAAGGGUAGUCGCUUUAGAUACAGUGGAAAAGUUGCAAAGGAGGUGAUGGAACAAAGUGCCAAAAUUAAAAGGGACCCACCUGAAAUCCACAGGGCGGGCAUGGUGCCAAGCAGGAGUUGUCCAUCCAUCACGCACGGCCCACGUUUGACGAGCGUGCCCAGGACACGACGGAGAGCGGUGCACAUCUCCAUCAUGGAGGGUUUGGAGUCCCUCCGUGACAGCGCACAUUCCACGCCGGUGCGUUCCCUCUCCCACGGUGACUCCUUCCUGCCCUCCCACGGCCACACGGUGGACGGCCGAGAGGCGAGCGCAUCGGCGGUCAUCUCCGACGAGACCUACAGCCCCUCGGACAGCGUCCUGCCUACACCCGUGGCCGAACGCGGGAUGGAAAUGCACCUUAACGGCACCACCUACAGCGCCGACGACAAAGACGCCGGCUCAUCGCAAGGAGCGACGGACAAAAGAGCCGGGAGAAAAGCUCCGCGGGUGCUUAAAAGCCGACCGUCGCCCCCUAGUGAUGUGGAGGAGCUGCACAAGUUCAUCCUGAGUGUUCUGCGCCUUUUCCUGGUGACCAUCGGACUGCUCUUCGCUCUUCUGUUGCUCCUCAUCAUGCUGACAGAGUCUGACCUGGACAUCGCCUUCCUGAGAGACAUUCGCACGACGCCUGAAUUCCAGCAGUUUCACUUUGAGUACUUUUGCCCGUUGAGGCGCUGGUUCGCCUGUAAGCUCAGAUGGAUGGGAGGGCUCCUCGUCAGCAAGUAAAACGAGAUAAAGAAGAUGGCCAUCCUUUUCCUAGCUAUCCCCAUGUCACAAGCCACGGAUUGUCCAAUGUUUUCUUUUCAUCUGCUAUUAUGGCAGGGAUCACUUUUAUUUUACUUCACAACGUCCAUUUCAAUUAUUUCGAAAUGUAAUUCACGAAUGAAAUUAUAGUAUAGUGACCAUCCAAUUCAAAUGAUAUUUGGAAAUUAGUUUUUUUUUUUUUUUUUUGAAGAUAUAAUGAUCAAUUUGGAUUGAGACUUUCAAGGACCUAACAAUUAAGUAGGGGGUUAUAAAGACCUUUUGCGUAACACAAUUGAUGCCUUUCUUUGGGCGCUGUUGUGGGGGUCGGGGUUAACACAACAUAAACUUAGUAAUAAAGGGAUGCCUCUCUGACUGUGUCAAUCGAAACGGAACAUUAUUGUCCAUAAUUUUAGUCGUAGCUCUUAUACUGGAGAUUGUCAGGAUAGGUAACAGCUAUAAGACAAUGUUGCGGAAGCCAAUCGAAGUGAUGCUGUGUUCUCAUUUCAAGCAGACAUUGAGGGUGAGAGAAAGUGUGAGGUGAAGAGUAAUUUGUUAAUGGUAAUUAUAUGAUCAUUUUUGGUGUAGCAGGAAGGAUUUUUUUUGUGCCACAGUGAAAUACAUACAAAUGUAAAAAUAUAAGGCGUUUUUUAAAUUUAAUUUGAAAAAGAAAUCAGUUAACUUAUAAAUUACAUUUCAUUCAAAUUCGUAAUUUAAUUUUAUUUGGGGCACUAAAAACCUUCCAUGUGUUGAAAAGGGAUUCGGGAUGUCAUAAUAAUAAAUGUAGCACUACUGUUAAAGUGAUUUUGGCGAAUAUUAGUCUUUUUUGUGCACUUCUUGCCAUUCGCUUUUAUCAUCCAAAGACUUUUGAUGAAAGUUUUAGCUCAAAUUAGCAGCCAAAUAAUGCUCAUGAAUACAGUACAAUGUACUGUACAAACAUCUUGUGUAACAGCUAGUCAAGUGUUUGACUUGUCAACUUGCAAUAGUACUACUCAGCCAUUGUAAUGUGCACAGGUGAGUAGAAGAGCAGCCUUUUCUUUAUUAGGUAAAAGUUUCUUUUUUUUCAUUAUUACGCUGUAGAGACUUUGAAUGGACUCGCAAUAGAGCCUCAGAUAAGUCUUGUUUGUUGUAAUGCUACUUUUAUCACCACACCAAAGAAAUGUGUUCAUUGUUGCUUUAGCCUUAGCCUGCAGUGUCUUUGACUGGAUAAAUGAAAAAAAAAUGGUACUUAAAUUUGUAACAACUGUCUUUCGUUCCUCAGAUUAAGCGAGCGUGAAAACAUCAUCAAUUGUGUCAUGAAUGCAAUGAUAGGAAUGGAAAAUACAAUGAGACACCUCACAUCUUUCUUUGUUCAUAGUAAACUUUCAAUGUUUCUGUUCCCACAUCGCAAGGUUUACUUGUAUGUGUUUGGUGUAGAAAGUCUUCCCAGAGGAACCCCAGCAACUGUUCUCAGCACUUAGAAUGAACUGGCCAGGUGUCCCAUUACUUUUGUCCUGUCAUGAGUCAGCGAUGAUGUCAUAAGUGAUCAUUUGCACCAAGAGUAGAAAUGCUCUACCUUGUCACCAAGCAUUGGGUUGAUUUUGACAACAUAAACGAAUUGAAGUCAGCAAAUAUGAACUCCUAAUGUAUUCAGUGAUACGUUGUCAAGUUUAGUCUGAAUAUGAUUUUGCAGUAUCCACCAAAAAUUUGAGCGCUCAACCAUGCACAUUAGGUUUACAUUUUUGCUUCAUUAUGUCAAUGUAAAGAGCAAUAGUGUGGGUUUUGAAGCCUAAUCAUCAGAUUUGAGGUUUUUUUGCAGUUACUGGAUGAUUCUCAGAAGGCCGGCCGGUGGAUGCAUGUGUGAAGGAUCUGUUUCUGUAGUGUUAUUCAAAUUCAUUUGUGCUUAUUGCCCCUUCGUGGACUUACUUUGCAAGUUUUGAAGCGGACACAUGACCAUGGAUGUCGGUAGCAAAUCAAAUCCAGGACUUCUUUCUUGAAUGCAGAUUGCUGUUCAUCAUGUCACUGUGGAGAGCAGAUAGUAUGAUUGAUGGUAUGAUCUUACAGCACGUGCGUCUUCCGAUCCAUCAUGGCGCUGCACAUUGGACAGUGUCUGUAAGCAUGUCUUCUACAUUUAUUGCCUCCUGACCAGACAGAUUGAGUCAACUGAAGACUGCUGUGCUCUGUUUAUGAAUAAAUAUAUAUUCUUGACAUGUGCCAA